AUGACUCCGGCUGUCAAAAAUCCAGCGCCCAACUUGGACAUCAGCUUCCAAGACUACCUAGUCCUGUCGAAACUAGUGUUUGACUGGGCUGAUAGCUAUGAUGCCAAGGAUUGGGACCGUCUCCGCAGUAUCAUCGCCCCAACCCUGACUGUGGAUUAUACCAAGAUUGGUCUCAAGCGAUGGGACGACAUGUCUGCUGAGGAUUACAUGGCGAUGGUGACACACCCAGGCUUCCUUGGAGACCCCACGAUCAAGACACAGCACCUGCUGGGCCAAACCUGGUGGGAAAAGGUCUCCGACACGGAGGUCAUUGGUCACCAUCAGCUGCGUGCCGCCCAUCAGGUGUACACCGAUGCUGGGUUGGAGGAAGUGAAGCUACGGGGCCACUCGCAUGCCACCAAUGAACACUACUAUCGCAAGGUCGAUGGGGUCUGGAAGUUCGCCGGCUUGAAGCCGAAUGUCCGAUGGAACGAGCUGCGUUUUGAAGAAGUUUUCAGAGGGCUGGACUAG